AUGCCUCUUUUUGCCCUUAUUCAGAUAUAUAUACUCCAUUCAUUUUUUGUCGUGAAGGUAUCAGAAAAUAUAAAGGUAAAAAGGCCCUUCUGGCUUACAUAUUCCAGUAGUAAAAAGUCGAUAGACAAUACGAUUCCCCACCUAAAUAUACAUUAUAAUAAAUUAAUUGCAUCAACUGAAUUACAUGUACAUAUGAUUCCACUUCCAGAAUCUGCGAAUCUCCUUUCAAAUAGUGAGUUACUCAGUUUAAUAAAGGUGCACUCCGAUAAGCUUCAACUAUACAUAUCUCAAUUUCAAUCAGUGGAAAAACUACAGAAUGAAUUAAAUAGUGAUAAGGAUUUAUUAUUGGAACUCCGAGAGAAAUUUAUAGAGCUUCAGAAGAAUAUAGACUCUACAAAUGCUGACUUAGAUAGUCUUCGUAUUUUAAACUCUCGAUAUACUAAACUUUGGCAAGAUCUCAACCAAACUGUAAAUAGACAAUACAGUGAAAAUACCUUAAAGUCCAAACUAAAUGAAAAGGUGUCUCAUUUUGAGAUUGAAAGUAAUAAAAUUGAGACUACUAUAAUAGCUAAGGAAGCAACACCCGAAAAACUUGAUUUGGAUGAUGUGUUGUACCGCUACAUUAAUGCGAGGACUAAUUAUCAUUUGAAUAAAGAGAUAAUGUCGACUUGGAAUAACCAAGGUCCAUUGAAAAAAUAG